GGUCGCCUAUAUGCUUUGUAAGGACAACGCACACCGACACAGCACAGUGGGCCUGUCACCUGACCGUGAAUUGCCUGUGGGUAUCUUCAGAUUCAUCUAGCAGAAACGCUACUAGAUCACGGAACUGACUUUGUCGAUCACCGCAUAUAUGACGACGAAACAUGCUUAGAUACGGUACUGUUUCCAUGGAGUAUGCAGUUCAUGCAUGCAGCGCUGUAAUACGUGUACGCUUCGGUAUUGCUCGUAUGGCGGAAUGAACGGACUGGCUAUUGGCGAGACAAGCGGUAAGUUGAUAUGGCGAGUGCAGCCAAGAACAUCGACGGAGGCUGGGCUUGGGUCAUCCUGACAUGUGGCUUCUGCUGCAUGUUUCUGAAUGGAUUCAUGUGCUACUCCGUGGGCGUUAUCGCCGAAGCGUUGCUGGAAGAGUUUGACGGCGACCUUGCUAGCACUGCUGCAGUUGGAACGUCUAUUAUCGGCAUCGAAAAUUUGUUGGGUCCUUUCAUUGGCAUUGGUAUUAACAUAGUGGGAUGUCGCUGUUGUACGAUAUUUGGAGGUGUCGUUGCGAUGCUUGGACUGGUAGGUGCAUCGAUGUCAAAGAAUCUAUCGACCAUGAUGGGAACCUUUGGAAUUUUGAGUGGUAUCGGAUAUGGCUUUGGAUUUCUGCCAGGGAAUGUGAUGGUCGGUUUGUACUUUAAGAAACUGCGUCCCGUAGCAGCUGGUAUUACAAUGGCAGGAGCUGGUCUUGGAAUGUUUGUUGGUCCUCCUCUCAUUCGCUUCCUCAUUGACGAGUACGGUCUUCACGGUGCUUUUCUUGUCAUCGGAGGGAUUGCCUUCCAUUUCUGUGUGUUCGGUUCUUUAAUGAGACCCUUGGAAAAUGACAGCAAAUCCAAAUCAGCAAGCAGUCAACUUUCAGAAACUCAUCCACGUGCGCUUCUUGUGACAAGAAUGUGGAUGAAGACGAAGGAAAGGAUGGGUGGGAGAUGCUCUUCCAGGGUGUGGAAGAACUAUGGCUUUUUGUUAUACGUCCUCAGCAUCUUUGGGUGGAAUUGUGCAGAGUCAGCAUGUUUGUUGCAUCUUCCAAACUAUUCUAUACAACAGGGUUCAUCAAAACAAGAGGCCGCUUUCUUAUUUACAAUUAUGGGUAUAUUCAACGUAUUGUCCAGGCUUUUCACGGGACUGGCGGCCAAUGACGAACGUGUGAGUAGUCUCAUUCUCCACAUGGGACAAAUGGGCGUGGCAUCCAUCUUUACAUCACUCCUCCCGUUGUACUCUCACACGUAUGCUGGGCAGAUGGUGUAUGCUACUGUAACGGGGAUGUACAUCGGGGGAGUAAAUACACUAUUGACGCCAAUACUGUUUCUGCUGCUCGAUCAAGAGGAUCUAGCACUGGGAUUCGGCAUGGUAUACUGCACUGCUGGAAUCGGAUACAUAACUGGACCUCCUGUUGCAGGAGCCAUAGUUGAUGGAGGAGCAACGUACAGAGAAAGCUAUUUGUUUGCAGCAUCUAUGUUCCUGCUAUCUAGCAUGCUGAUCAUGCUCAUACCGCUAGUCCAAAGGGUGGACAAGAAACUGAUGCCAAAUAUUAACCAAGACAUUACCGUGACUGCGGAUGAAGCAGUGGAUGAAGGAUCUAAGUUUCUGACUGACCAAGAUGAGAUCAUAGUACAAAGAUGAGAGCCAUACUGAUGACUGUGGGAGGAAGAAUACCCAAUAAGAGAGUGACGUAGAACAGACGCUAACGUCAGUACUGAAAAUCAAGGUCAUAUAGAUACCGAUAUUGGAAGAACAUCAGUGAUAAUGAUCGACUGAGGGCAGAAUCUAGAUGUUAGUGCGGUAGCUAAGACCAUAUGGAAAUCUGUAUUCCAAGAACAUCAGGGGUGAUGUGAGACUGAAGGCAGAAUCUAGAUGUUAGUGCAGUAGCUGAAGACCAUAUGGAAAUUUGUAUUCCAAGAACAUCAGGGGUGAUGUGUGACUGAAGGCAGAAUCUAGAUGUUAGUGCAGUAGCUGAAGACCGCAUAGAAAUCUGUAUUCCAAGAACAUCAGGGGUGAUGUGUGACUGAAGGCAGAAUCUAGAUGUUAGUGCAGUAGCUGAAGACCACAUAGAAAUCUGUAUUCCAAGAACAUCAGGGGUGAUGUGUGACUGAAGGCAGAAUCUAGAUGUUAGUGCAGUAGCUGAAGACCACAUAGAAAUCUGUAUUCCAAGAACAUCAGGGGUGAUGUGUGACUGAAGGCAGAAUCUAGAUGUUAGUGCAGUAGCUGAAGACCGUAUGGAAAUCUGUAUUCCAGGAUACCACUUGUGAAAGCCUCUAUUGGCUAAUGUGUGUGAAUGUAUCGUUCUGACAAAACUGAAUAAGCUUAAAAGAAGAACUUUAACUGGAAGUAUUUCAAAAGCUGCUGCAACACCCAGUGUUCAGUAACUGUGACCCGAAGCUGGGUAAUGUCAGUGCUGAAGUGAAGGCUAUAUUUAUACCUUACAUUUAGGCCACAUUUGUAUCCAGUCAUCCAGUGAGUGAGUUAGUGAGUUACAAUUUCAAGUCACAUCGGCAAUAUUUCAGUCAUAUCGUGACUAAAACUAGUUUCAAUUCAUAAUGGUCAUCCAGUGAUAAUAAUUGAAACAGAAUCUCCAUGUCUGCACCAAGAGGACUACAUUCAUAUAAUUAUUAUCAUUAUUAUUUUUAUGUGAAUAUUUGUAUAGCGCCAAUAUCCAGCUCAGCUCAGCUGUUUUCCCUCGAUCAUUGGAUUUCAAUCUCAAGCGGCACAUUGUAUUAUCAAUCUCAACUCCCUGAGGACCAUACAACAAAUAUACAAAUAUUAGCCUAAUAAUAAUAAUAUAUUCAUAUGUGAUUGAGAACAGAGGAUCCACUUAGUACUUAAGGUGAGGGAUCUUUUAAGUGAACAUAUGGUGUUAAUUAUGAAAAAGUAAAGAGGUUAGAUAUUAGUAACUUAAGGUUAUUUAUACCUGUAUCAAAAUGAUGUCCAUCAAUGAUGUGUGACUGAGAGCAGAAGCUAGAAGGUGAAGGUCAUAUUUAUACAAGAAGCGCCCGUGGUAAUGAGCAGCUGUGAAAAGAAGCUCCAUGUCAGUAGUGAAGGUGAAGUCCAUUUGAGUCCUGAAUUGGGGACAAUCUCCUGUGCUGAGACGUGACAAAACAGUAUCUAGUGCUGAAAUUGAAGCCGUUAUUGAUACUUGGUAUGGGAAGAACAUCCAGUAGUAAUGAAUAACUGAGAACAAACCUUGGGCAAGAUGGUUGACGGCGAACCGAAACAUUGCCCUAAAUCUAAACAUGAUACUUCCAAGUAAGUAACAUGUUACUUCCAAGUAACCGAACCUUCCAGUAACCACAUUCCAUGUAUAUCUCAUCAACUUGUAACAUCUUCUAGAUGUAUAUUCAGCCAAAUAUAUUUUUUAACAUAAAAUAUUUUUCUACUUAAAA